AUGAAAUUCGCAGGCGAUCCAGAAACACAGGCUGGUCAUCAGGUUACGUUCACCCCGCAAACCUUUGAUGCAAAUAUGCAGAGCCAUUCAGAAACGCAGUCAACAUCGUCACAGGACACAAGACAACACGGCGUCUCGAGCAAGUCGAAAGGCGCUUUAGAAGACUGGACUGAGGCCGGGGGUCUAAGAGAGAGGAGCCGCAUUGAAAAUAGCGUCGUGCAGCGGAAUUAUCGGCGCAAGAUCAGAGAGAGGGACAACCUGGGUUUACAUAAUCUUAAGUACACUAGGAACGAUCAGCAAAGCCCUGAGGCGUGUGAGGUAGAUUCAUCGCGAGCUCCGUACUCGGUGAUCCAAAGCGGCACCGGUAGUUUCCCGGCUAGACCCCGCAGGAACUUCACAACACAGGAUAGUCACAUCACCCACCCCGAGGCCGCGACGGACGCACUUAAAGCUGCCAUAACAGGCUCGCAAGUCAAAGCAGAGACAUUGCCGUACCCGCAGUCAACAUUUAUAGUGACACAACAGGUACCCCGUGUGGAUUUUACGCAACCGGCUUGCAUGCAGCUCGGAUAUAAACCACAAAACGGGGCUGGAAAAGUAUGCGACAUCGAUCCCGACCAUAGUUACUCGCCAGGAAGUGACCGUGAUCCAAACCUUAUCUCCACAUUUAGGCUGGAUGCAACAGCUUUGCAAAAAAGAGAUAAAAAACACAAGCUACGUUACCGCCGAAUCUCUGUUGCUUGUGAGCAGUGCAGGAAGCGAAGAAUCAGGUGCAUUAUUUCUUCUGAGGACUCUAGAGAUUGCAGCAACUGUAUCCGGUUGAAUAAGGCCUGCACCUUCACAUCAAAAGCCCGACCCGUGUCGGAACAUAAGGGGAAGCCAACUUUUCCGAGUACUCAAAACAUUGCAAGUUGGAUAGGAGCAAACGUCAGCCAAACGACCACUGAACUAAGCAAUCUGGACGCUCCUGAUGCAUACGCCGACGCUACCACCUGGCUGCCCGGCGACACGAUACGCGGACAACCUUCCGUGCCUAUUGCAGAUGCUACAUCAUCUGCUUCUUUCCCGGUUCAAAAAAUAGACCAAAACCAACCAUCGUUACUCAUCGAACCACAGACGCCUCUUACUGCAACACCUUACAGCCUUACAACGUACCCAGUUAUUUUAUCUGACCCCCACAGCCAGACGAUUUCCCCGGCUUUCCAAGAGGGGCUGUACUUGCCAGAAUGUCUGCCUGCAUACGGGACGACGAGUUUCGGACUAGAUUCAAAUUAUAGUUAUGCCAACCUACAACCGCAGGGCCAGUUGUAUCAGAAACAGGUACCUGAAAUUGUUAAUACGAACACGAUAUCAGCUGCAGAUCCCGAAGUGUCGAUAACUCAGCAUAUACAACAGCAAGACACAGCACACAACGUCCAAAUGGUGAGCCGGCCCAAACUGCAGUGUUGGGAGCAUGGAUGCAACGGUCGCAGCUUUUCAACGUUCAGCAACCUUUUGAGGCACCAACGAGAAAAGUCAGGUCAAGCCACGAAGGCAACCUGCUCAGACUGUGGAACUGAGUUCACACGAGCGGCGGCAAGGAACCUUCAUCAAGAAAACGGCAAGUGUAAACCGCAGCCCAGCACAUAG